CACACCACCAAUAGACUCCCUUAGUUGACCGACUUCACUUCCUCCCUCUCACCCACCAAACAAACACAACACCAAACUCACUAUUAAACUCCUUUCCCAUCUUUUUAUAUAAAACCCAUUUCCCUUCUCCUUUCUCUCUUAACAAUCACUCCUUCCUCACCUAAAACCAAAACAAACACACACUAUCAUGGCCUUACAAGCUCUCAAUUCCCCUUCUUCCACCUUCCCUCUCGCUGAUCCUUCCCUUGAUCAUCAUCAUCAUGACUCUUGGAUCAAACCAUCCAAGCCGCGUUCAAAACGCCCCCGCUUCGACUCCGACGACGAAUACCUCGCCUUUUGCCUCCUCAUGCUCGCCCGUGGCAGAAUCUCCCAUUCUGAUCAUCAUCAUCAUCAUGCUACCACUAACGACUCAUAUUCCCCCUCCAACUCCUCUCCUCCGCCUCCCCCUCUUUUGAAACUGACUUAUAACUGUAAUGUUUGUAACAAGUCUUUCUCUUCCUACCAAGCACUUGGUGGUCAUAAAGCUAGUCAUCGCAAAUCCGACGCCGGAGAUAACAACGUCUCACCUGUGGUUUCUUCCACUCUUUCUAAUUCCACUCUUGGCGGCGGUGUUAAGACCCACCAAUGUUCCAUUUGUUUUAAAUGUUUCCCUACAGGUCAAGCUCUUGGUGGCCAUAAGCGCCGACACUACGACGGCGGCAGUGGUAAUAAUAACACCAAUAGCACCGCUGCUACUGCUGGUUCCGACGGUAACGGUUCUACUCUCACGCAGACCCAUCAUCGGAACUUCGACCUGAACAUCCCUGCCUUGCCAGAGUUGUGGCCGGGAUUUACUGCCGGCAACCGACGCAAAAAAAGUCAAAGUCAAAGUCAGGAGUACUCUACUGAUCAGGAAGUGGAAAGCCCUCAUCCGUUGAAGAAACCGAAGCUUUUACUUCCGAUGGAAUGAUUCCGAUUCCGACGACCCCAAUUUCCCUUUCUCUUUUUUUUUUUUUUGGUUUAAUUUAUAUUUAUUGGAGAUUUAAUUUGAUACUGUAGCUGUGUACAGAGAUCAGAAUGCAGUAUUUUCCUUUUCGUUGUAUAAUUCUUAAGUAUUAAAUUACGAAAGAGAUAAGAUUAUUUGAUUUAUUUUCAAAUUGAUUAAA